UCAUCACAAAGAUUUCCUCACUUCUGAAGCACUGCCAAAUCAGCACUUAAACAUGCUCUUCAAUACAUGCUGCCAACUCAUGACACUCAUUGCUGCUACCCUGAAGUGCUCAUUGUGUUUUGACUUCCUUUUAUUGGCAUAGGUUUCUGCCAGUGAAUCAGUCUGCUGGUGGAGACAGACAAGGAACUGCAGCAGAGGACUCAAGUCAAAGCAGAGCCCCGAGAUGUGGUUCCUCCUCGUGCUGCUCUGCUCCCAGGGAGCUGCCUUUUCAGCAGGGUUCACAGCACCCUUCACUCUUGGCUCAGAGGGAAGACAGCACAUGAAGCACCGCAACCCUGAAGACUUUAUGAACGUUAGUGAAAUUAUCAGGUAUCACGGAUACCCCUGUGAGGAGUAUGAAGUUACCACUGAGGAUGGAUACAUACUUGCUGUUUUCAGAAUUCCCAGUGGGAGGAACAUGCAAAAUACAGGGAAAAAGCCUGCAGUCUUCCUACAGCAUGCUUUUCUAGGAGAUGCCACCCACUGGAUUUCUAACCUGCCCAACAACAGCCUAGGCUUCAUCCUUGCAGAUGCUGGCUACGAUGUCUGGUUGGGAAACAGCCGAGGGAAUACUUGGUCUUCAAAACACAAGACCCUUAAAACCAGCCAGAAAGAGUUCUGGCAGUUCAGCUUUGCUGAAAUGGGUAAAUAUGAUAUUCCAGCAGAGCUGUACUUCAUCAUGAAUAAAACCGAACAGAAGGAUGUAUACUAUGUUGGUCACUCUGAAGGCACCGCAUCAGGCUUUAUAGCAUUUUCUACAUAUCCUGAGCUGGCUGAAAGGAUAAAAGUGUUCUUUGCUCUUGGCCCAGUAACCACCUGCUCGCAUGCUACAAGCCCUCUGAUGAAGAUAGCACAUCUUCCUCCAGCACUGCUCAGGUUAACACUUGGCUGGAAAGGAACCAUGCACCAGAUUGGAUUUAUGAAAGGACCUGUGACGGAGUUCUGUACAAACAUGGAUAAGUUUUGUGGCCAAGUACUCUGUUAUAUAGCUGGGGGCAACAUACAAAAUCUGAACACGAGUCGAACAGAUGCUUUGGUAGCACAUUCUCCAGCCGGGACAUCAGUACAGAACAUCAUUCACUGGCAUCAGAUAUCAGAGGCAGGCCAAUUCCAGGCUUAUGACUAUGGCUCAAAGGAAAACAUGAAGAAAUACAACCAGCCUACUCCUCCUGCCUACAACAUAGAGAGGAUAAGCACACCCAUUGCUGUUUGGAGUGGAGGACAAGACAAAUUUGCAGGUCCAAAAGACAUUGCAAAGCUACUUUCUCAGAUUACUAAUCUCUGUUACCAUAAGCACUUUCCUGAGUGGGGACAUCUUGAUUUUAUCUGGGGUCUUGAUGCGACUGAGAGAAUGUAUCAGAAAAUCAUUGAACUAAUAAUAAAAUACCUUUGAAACCA